UGUUUUUCUCUAUAAACCAGAAUUAGCCGGAAUGGCAGUGACAGAGUAGAGCUUGGUCGCCGGGUGCUCACUCUCCUAGCCCAAGGAGCCGGGGAUGAGGCAGGGCAAGGAUGGCCUGAGACUUCUUCCCGGGCUCUCCCCUCCCUUUCUAGCCAUGGACCCGGCCGGGAGGAUGGAUAAAGCGGGUCCUUCAUGCAGAGGUGCUGAGAGUCCAGGGGACUGUGGGUCUGGAGGUCGGCUUGGGACCCUGUCUGCCCUGAUGUGUCACCUGUCUGUCUGAACUUCAGCACAGGAUGUGCAACAGGAGAGCAGUCAUGGAGAAGGAGCCAGAGAAGAGUGUAAAAGGCAGGCCGGAGACAAAGAGAGCAAACCGCAACAUUGAUGGUGGAUGGGCAUGGAUGAUGGUGUUGUCCUCUUUCCUUGUCCAUCUACUGGUUAUGGGCUCUCAGAUGGCACUCGGGAUCCUUAACAUGGAAUGGUUGGAAGAAUUUGGACAAAGUAGAGGUCUGACUGCUUGGGUCAGUUCCCUUAGUAUGGGAAUCACCCUGAUUGUAGGUCCAUUCAUAGGGUUAUUCAUUAAUACAUGUGGGUGCCGGAAGACAGCAAUGAUUGGAGGGUUCUUGACAUCUCUUGGUUGGGUCCUGAGUGCCUACGCCACUAGUGUGCAUUUUCUGUUCAUCACAUUUGGCGUGACAGCAGGCAUUGGUAGUGGGAUGGUGUACCUCCCUGCAGUGGUCAUGGUGGGCCAAUAUUUUCAGAAACGCCGUGCUCUGGCACAGGGUCUUAGUACCACAGGGACUGGUUUUGGGACAUUCCUAAUCACAGUCCUGCUGAAGUACCUAUGUGCAGAGUUUGGCUGGAGAAAUGCCAUGAUUAUACAGGGCGCAGUUACCCUCAACUUGUGUGUAUGUGGAGCACUCAUGAGACCUCUGGACCAAGUGGAGAAGAAUUGGAGAGACUGCAUGGAGAAAAUAAGUGAUCACAAAGAAAUUAGUGGACCCACACUACUAAAUAAUGAAGACGGGAAAGCUAAUGGUGUAUUACAUGAGGAGGUGAAAAAUGGAACAGCUACAGUAGAUCAUGAAACAUCAUGCAACAAGGAGAGUACCAUAAAUGAGAUGGUCACUAAAGACAUGAGUAAACUAGGAAUUCUGAAGACCGUUACUCGAAUGACCGUAGCAGUAAGAUCUGGAUGCCGAGCCUGGUAUUCGAGCUACUUUGGAACUGCUUCCCUCUUCACCAAUAAAGUAUUUGUAGCAUUUGUCUUCUGGGCACUGCUGGCCUACUGCAGUUUCGUAAUUCCAUUCAUUCACCUGCCGGAGGUGGUAAAGCUCUAUGGCGUGUCCGAGCAGAACAACAUUUUUCCUCUCACCUCAAUUAUUGCCAUUGUGCAUAUUUUUGGCAAGAUUAUCUUGGGCUACCUUGGUGAUUUGCCAUGUGUCAGUGCAUGGAAUGCCUUCAUAGUUUCCAAUUUCACACUGGGCGUUAGCAUUCUCAUUCUUCCGCUCAUGCACACAUAUGCCAGCCUUGCCUUGGUUUGCGCACUUAUAGGGUUUUCCAGUGGGUACUUCUCUCUCAUGCCUGUUGUCACUGAAGAUUUGGUUGGGAUCAAGCAACUGGCAAAUGCCUAUGGGAUCAUAAUCUGUGCCAAUGGAAUUUCAGCACUUUUGGGACCACCCUUUGCAGGUUGGAUUUAUGACAUCACUCAGAAAUAUGACUACUCGUUCUAUGUGUGUGGCCUGCUGUAUAUGGUAGGAAUUAUCUGCUUGCUUCUGGAGCCCUGCCUGAAGUCAAAGAAUGAACUCUCAGAGAAAUCCAACGCAAGUCCUGACGUGUAAAGACCAAUCUAACCACUUUCUUACCAAAGGGUCAACAAGUACGAUUACAAAGUGCAAAUAUAAUAUUUUCUGAUACUUUGUUGUAUGGGAUGGGGGGGUUGUAGGACUAAGAUGUAUUGUACUUUAAAGGUCCAGUGCCACUUUCAAACUUUCCAAUUAUCUUUUUGUUUAAGGUGGUCCAAUAGCCUAAGCAUUUGAUUUACAUCCCCGGAGAAUUUAGGACAAAAAACAAAAGAGUAAUCUGUGAGAAAAUAGAAAAGGUUUUGUAGGACACAGAUUGGAAAUCAGUGGGGUUUGAUUAAAAUUAGGGGAAAAUGGGUUUGAUUAUGUAGGAUUCUAUUCCGAGUGACAUCUGUGAAUUUCCACUGUUCAGUGCCUAAUGGGUAUCCCUAUCCCUAAGCACUCCAAAUGACCUAAUAACGGAUCUCUGAAAUACUCGUAACAAAUAAUGUGUAGAUAAAACGGCUAAAAUCUAUAAAGGGUCCCUCUCGUUGAUGCGCUGUCACUCUUUAGAAUACAGACCUUGAUGUUCUUAGUGCCACGAAAUACAGCCUUGUGAAGAGGAACUCUGAUAUAUGCAGGUGAAGACUAAUUUAUGAACUUAACAUGUCAAUCCAUUGUCUAUGCGCCUCACUUUUGGUGAAAUCACUCUCUUAUGCAAAACUAAUACCUUAUACCUACUGUCAAAUGUGCCCUUUGGUAAUUGUUCUUUGUGGUACACUGGAGAAAUUAUCCACAAUGCUGGGACUCUGGCUCCCGAGUUUAGCUUGUUUUGGUGGAUCUUGGACAACUGAAGAUGUAUGAGAACUCUUUUCUAGAAACUCAAAAUACCGGUAGUUGGUGUAUAUAAAGUGUAUAUUUACAGCAAUAAAUUACCAGAAGCCCUCCUUGCUAUAUAUGUCCAUCUGUUUAUUUCUGUUUAUUUAAAAUGCAGACAUUGUGCAUGAAAGAUAAGAGAAAAAUAACUUAACUGGAUUACAGAACAUUUAUAAACUGGGCAAUAAUUUUCUUU